AUGAAGCUCAACUUCGCCCUCUUCUCGCUCCUGCUCCUGGCGCUCGGUGCCUCGGCGGCGUCCUUCUCGAACCCGGCCUUCUGCAAUCCUGCAGGUGCUGACCCGGCGGACCUGCGUGUCUGCUUCGUCAACCCUUCCCGUCAGACCCUCUUCGAAAACUUCACCUCUGGCUUGAACGUUGUGUACAGUGCCGAUAAAGAAUACGUGCUGGUGACGAUGAACUACAACACGUACGAAGGCAUGCUCGACUCGAUGCACGCCAUCUACACGCUUACCAAGACAGACAAUCGCUGCACCGACGUCAAGAUCGUUACCAACACGCGGGGCAGUUGGAGGAAGCAGGUCUGCAACGGCGACGACGUCGUCAUCAUGGGUGUCUGA